UGGUCAUGUCCAGAGCAUCUCAUCCUGUCCUGAAGGUGGCACUUUUACUUCUCGUUCUUCAACAAAGCUCCAGCUGUAACAGUCGUUAUCAUAUAUCUCUAAUGAGGCUGAACUGGUUCGAAUCCAUAGAGUACUGUAGCCGGCUUGGCAUGAGGCUGUCCGUUCUGAACACGCUCGAAAAGCACACCGAAGCCGUCCGCGAGGCCCAGGCCACCGUGCGAGACUUUUCGGGAUUCCACAACGGCCUCUGGAUUGGUGGUAGCGAUCUCGGCAAGAAGGGAUCGUUCGUGUGGCUUCCAACGGGGACGAAGGUUACCUGGACCAAGUGGAAGUUUGGGGAACCGUCCGGAGGUGCAAACGAACGCUGCAUGAACCUGUACAAUUGGCACGAGGAAGAGUUUUACUGGAUGACGAACGAUGCCAACUGUGAACUGCGAUUUUACGCGCUCUGCCAGCACGAUUAUAAAGUGUAGUGAAUGUCAAGAACUGGUAAUGUUAAGUUAUUUAUAGAGUGAAUCAGCUUCAGUAGUUCCUAGCUUGUAAUUCGCAAACUAAGUCAUAAAUUGUAUUUAUGAAUGAAGGUCUUAUCACAAUCAAAAUAUAAAAUGUCGCUAGUUGGAUGAGAGAUAACAA